AUGACUGUUGAAGAUGACAUACAGAUACCUCCAUCUUCCAGUAAUCAUCCACCUAAUAGAGAUUCAGGUCUUCCUCAAUCAAGUCCCUAUUAUGUGCAUCCGGCUGACAACCCUACCACUGUCAUAUUUACUCCUCUCCUCACAGAUGAUAACUAUUGCAUCUGGGAAAGAGGAAUCCGAAAAGCCCUAAGUGUCAAAGCCAAGCUGGGUUACAUUGAUAGAACCAUCACCAAACCCAGGGAUCCAACUGAUCUCCUCCAUUGGAAUCGUGCAGACUAUUUGGUUGGUAGCUGGGUUGAAAACUCAGUCGAUCCAAUUAUCAAAUCCAUUGUCAUGUAUUUCCCAUCUUCACGGGAACAAUGGUUACAGAUUAAGAACAAGUUCUCUCAUAAGAAUGCACCGAAACUGUUUGCACUGAAACAAUCGAUUUCAUCUCUGAAACAAGAAAAUCAAAAUGUUGCGAUGUACUUUACUCAACUCAAGACGCUGUGGGAUCAACUCGAUACAUUCAGACCUCUUCAGCCUUGUAUUCAAAGUAAAGAUAUUUGGGUCUUGGAUUUGAUUGAAAACUCUGUAGUGAAGAUGAAAAGAAUUGUAACAGAGCUAUACACUUCUUCAGAUUGUGAGGUUCUAGAGUUGAUAAAGAAUCAGUUGAGAAUCUUAGGAAGUGAGAACUAUAAACAUGGGGUUUUGUACAAUGCUCCCAACUCAGAAAGACCAAAUCAGAGGUCUUUCUUUAAUCCCGGCACUACAUCCAACGCUGGCAAUGGUACCAACAAGCGACCCAGACCUUUUUGCGACCACUGCAACAAACAUGGUCAUACUCGGAUUACCUGCUGGAAGCUCAAUGGCUACCCAAAAGAUCCACCGAGAUCCAGAGAUAUUCCAACUCCGGCAUAUGCUACUGCUGCUACUGUUCCCAAUACACAGACUGCUCCUGGUAUAACUGCAGCUCAAUAUGCCAGACUUAUGUGUUUACUGGAACCAAACAAUGGAGACACUGCUGUCACUCUAUUUGCCAAUUUUGCAGGUAUUACUCUGACUUGUUCUUCUAAUGUUUAG